UGGACAGGUCUGUAAAAACCUUGAAACCCCCAGGGAGGCCCCGUACCACACCGUGCGUGGCAUAAAGUUCCUGAAGCAUAGCAAUGCCGCAGCUCUCCUCCAACAUCAAUGCACCUACGUCGCACAUGACGGCAUAGGCACCCUGACAAUUCAAUUGAAUUAGUCGCUCCAUCAUCAAUGUCUGAGAAGCGCACGGGCAACAAGAGCACCAUAAAUCGGGCAAGCGGUCGACACCAUACAGUGACCAGCCGGUUUGCCCUUAAAGGCACAGUUACGACAAUGCGGAGCAUUACCGCAACCCGCCUCACGGUGCCCUUCCUGUCCGCACCUCCGACAGACAUUCCCCUUGGCUCUACAAUGAGCCACCCGAUGGUCGAAGCCCAAACAUCUGUAGCAGCAGGGCGUCAGCAUAUCCUCCCGUACACGAAAGGAGAACCACUUAAUGUAACACCUACCUGCUGCAAGGAGGGCGGACAUCAACACGUCCGUACCCUCCAACACAACACUAGUCCGGAGUCACCUUCAAUGGACGGCUGA